GGCAAUGAUAUAAGAAUAUUCGUAAAACGCAAUAAUUGACUUGCAUAUGCAGAAGAAAACCAAUGUGCAAUUCAGGAAUUUGUUUUUCAUAUUCAUAAAACAAUUUUUACGCUUGCGAUAAUAACGUCAUAGGAACAAACUGUGAUCUUGGCUUAUUGGAUUAUGGACCUUGCAGUGUUCCGCUUUUAAUGGUGGAAGUAUGGGAUGCUGUUUGUGUUCAAAAUUUUCGACGUACAUAUAUCUGUCACGUAUAAUUUUUGGACAAACAUCAUUUAUAGUUGAUGUACCUGAGUAUACGUAUAAGCGUGCGUGGAACGUGUUUUGAAUGCCAUAAAUGACGUAAUGUCUGAUGAUUGGAUUAUAUCAUUGAGAUGUUGACAGAUAUCAUGAACCAUCACAUGUUAGAUGUAAUCACUGACCAGCGAGUCAUAAGAUGGCUGGAAAUAUUGUAUUCAUUGGCAACAAGGACCCCAAGGAUUGUUCUGGAUCGAGUGGAAGAGACAUUACCUACUCUGAGACGCAGUAUGAGUAUCAGAUUAAAUUCUGAAACAGACAGACAAACACAACCAACAUGUACAGUGGUGACAGAAGAUAAGUACCAUUCCACUGAAGGAAUAGAAGAAGAGACUGAGAGUCAUCAACGAAAGGACACAAAUUAUACCGUUGAAAGAGAGGAAGAAAUGGAGGAGACUCAUAGAUUUCAACAAGAAGAUACAAGUCAUACCAUUGAAAGAGCACGAGAGGACACAAAUCAUGCCAUUGAAAGAGCACAAGAGGACACAAAUCAUACUGUUGAAAGAGCACAAGAGGACACAAAUCAUGCCAUUGAAAGAGCACGAGAGGACACAAAUCAUACUGUUGAAAGAGCACAAGAGGACACAAAUCAUGCCAUUGAAAGAGCACCAGAGGACACAAAUCAUGCCAUUGAAAGAGCACGAGAGGACACAAAUCAUGCCAUUGAAAGAGCACGAGAGGACACAAAUCAUGCCAUUGAAAGAGCACGAGAGGACACAAAUCAUGCCAUUGAAAGAGCACGAGAGGACACAAAUCAUACCAUUGAAAGAGAGGAAGAAAUGGAGGAGACUGAUAGUCUUCAGCAAAUGAACACAAAUCUUACCAGGAGUGAAGGAGAAGAAAUGGAGGAGACUGGCAGUCUUCAAGAAAAGAAUACUAAGCGUGGAAAUAGAGUGAAAAUGACACUGAGUUUGAAACAGCAGGAUUCAAAACGUAGAACCAAAGUAGAAAUGACUCACGAUCUGCAACGAGAGGAUGCGAAUCUUAGAAUUAAAGUAAAAGAGACUCACAGACUUCUACAACAGAAUACAAAGUGUAGAAAAAAAGCAAAAAAGACUCGGAAUCUUCGAGGAGAGAAAACAAAGAAUAGAACUAAAACAAAAGAGACUCACUGUCAUCAAGAAGAGAAUACACGCAGCCAUUUUGUUAAAGUGGAAAUGACUGAUUUUCUUCAGGAAGACAGUACUAAUCAGAACAUAAAAAUAGAAGAGACUGAUUUCAUCGAGCAGUAUGGAAUUCAGAGUUAUGGUGGUGAUGAUGAUGAAUCGUCUCGUCAUGCACCAGAGAGUAUGGAAGAAGGUACAGACAUUCAAGACACUUCAUACAAAUGUGUUAUAUGUAAUAAAGCCUAUGUUUGUGUGGGUCAUCUAAACAGGCAUAUUAGUACAAAACAUCCUGGAAGUAAGUUAGUGCAACAACACGUAUGCAAAAUAUGCAACAAGUCUUUCAUCCGUAAGUAUCACCUCAAGAGGCAUACUGCCGAACUGCAUGUAGGAUUGAGACCGUAUGAGUGCAAACUCUGUAACAAAACUUUUACUAACAUCGGUAACCUCAAUUUGCACAGUACUAUACACACUGGCGAACGACCACAUACAUGUACUCUAUGUAAUAAAUCGUUCAGGCAAAAGGCGGGUCUCGUGUUGCAUAAUCGUGUACACGCUGGUGAAAGACCAUAUACUUGUAAAGUUUGUUUCUUAACAUUCUUCGAUUCAAGUACGUUAAAAGUGCACCUUCGGACACACAGUGGAGAAAGGCCAUUUUCAUGCGGCGUAUGUGGGCUGUCAUUCGUUCGGAAAUUCCAUCUUAGUAAGCAUGUUCUGCGUCAUGGUAGAACAAAAUAAAGAAUCCUCGUUCUCAUCUCUUCAGGACAAGUAAGCCUUUGUGGGCAUGUUACAUGUACCGAUGUUAAACCUGACUUAUUUUCUCAUUUUAAUUCUGGAAACUGAUAUGACAUGUUUUGCGGUCAGUCCAUUAUUUUGGCUAGUAUUUGUGAUGUCUUGCCUGAUAUGAAUUGGUGUAAGAUUCACAGAAAUCGUCAGUAAUUGCAUCUUUUAUUUUGUUCUGUUUCAUUCAUCUAGAAUGUGUACAUUUUUGCUUCCUUGUGAAUUAACUUCAUCCUGUUAUACUGUUUUUUUGGCAAAAGUGUAACAGUUUAAAUUUAUUGGGUGUUUUCAGCAGUGCAAUACAGGGAUCAGAUCUAUGAUUACGGCACUUACGUAGUCUGAAACAACACGGACACUAGGUUGAAUUGGGGUGAAGUAUGAAAUGUUAAUGUGUACCAGGAUACUCGGAGAGGUUCUUUGGUUGUACGAGACUUUCCUAUGACAUGGAGCAGAAUAGCUUCAGUGUGAUGGAAACUCUUUUAUGAUAUAAAAUGUGGGUAUAAUCCUGUUUUAUGUCAGUUUAUUUAAGGACAUAAUUAAUGUAAUUGGGUUCAGACCAUAGGUUCUCGACGCGAGUUACACGCAGUCCUCCGAUGUGUUAAGUGUGGCCUGCAUACAUUUUUUUAUAAAAUGCCUAAUGUAUCAGUAUUAUGAAGAAUAUUUCUCUGUUAUCAGAAACCCGUGUUUUGUUAAUGUCAUCAGUAUUUUGAAGUGUCUGUUGCUGUCAGCUUAAUGAAGAAAUCGCUGAUUGGCGCUUUAAGGGGUGCACGUGGAUUGCAAGUAGGGAAACUGAAUCUCAAGCAGAGGGAGGUGUCAGUUAUUGAAUGACUGAUUUUGACAAAGAAAAUUAUUUAGCAGUAUGUUAACCUAUUGGAAAUAGUAGGUUGGUAGCAUUUUUUAUUAACUGCUAUGAAUUUUUAUAAACUGUUUUCAUCUGUAUGAAACUUUGAGGCUCACGAGAUGAUAGGCAAGUUUGAAUCUGGCCUUCAGUUUGGAAAAGUGUGGUAACCUGUCUUAGAUAAUGUGAUGUGACAUGUAACCUGUAACCUGAAAUGGAGGGGGGGGGUAUGAUAGCAGGGAAGUGUGAGAAAGGCCAAGGAAGGGAUGAAAAAAAAGGAGGGAAGGAGAUAAAGGAGGGCGAGGGACUAAGAUGUGAAAGAAGUCAUUAGCCAUUGAGUUUCAAUGGGCUUUUGUAUGAGUAUUCAGAGAUAGGCAUUGGUUUGUGUAUUGCAUACUGUCAGGAAAAAUGUCUUUCUUAAAUUUGUGUGUGCAAAGUUGUAUUCAUGGUUUACUAGUAAUUCUGUAGUUGCUUUUUAGUUAAAUUAUCAUUUGGCUCCUCUGAUCAACUCUUCAGAGGACACUUACUCUUAAUUAUGUGAGCAUUGAUCAUGUAUGUUUUUUGAGGAUGGAGUAUUAAUGCACGUUACUGUGUGUUAUGAUUAUUAAAGUUUUGUAUUCUUUAUAAUUAUAAUGAGAUAUUUUGUAAGUUUAUAAAACUGUAUAAAUCUGGCAUUAAUUUAUAAACAUA